AUGUCAGCCAGGCCUAUUGGGUGGAUAUGUGGGCAGGUGUUGAUGAGCGUUUCUGGAAGAAUCAGAGGGAUCCAGAGAGUCAUCAUCGACCUGAUAGAUGAGUUUAAAGAUGAAUUCCCUACCAUUCUAAGAGUAUCACAGAGUAAUAAGAGAAGAGACACCAUCCAACAACCGCCGAAUGUAAAAAUGUCAGUCGUGUUAGCCAAGAUCAACAGAGGAACCUUAAUUCAAGGAUUGAGCAGCAUAUCCAGAUCUUCCAAAUCAGUGGCCAAACUUCUGAAACCUCAGCUUGCCUGUAGAGUUUCUGAGUUGAUGGAAUUAUCUCGGCGUCUGCUGAGGGAAGUUAAUGCGCCAAAACAACCCUUAUAUAAUGUGCAAGUCAGAAAAGGUUCUUUGUUGGAAAUAAUCUCCUUUCCAGCAAAGACUGCCUUAACUAGUAUAAUGUGUGCUUCAUAUGCAAUGCUAAUUUACUUGACAGUUUGUGUUAACGCUGUGCUGGUGAAAGUAAAGAAAAUAUUCCAAGAAGAAGAGUCCAUAAGGCAAAACAGAGAAAGUGAAAAACCUAGAAAAGCCUUUUCUGAACCUGUGCUCUCCGAACCUAUGUUUCCUGAUGAAGAAAUCAAAGCGAAAUCUUACAGAUCCUUACCGGAGAAGCCAGAAAAUAUUUCAACUCAGCCCAAACUUCCUGUCAUUAACAUGUGUGAUAACAUCCAGGUUUUACAUUCUGUGUUUGACCAAUCAACUGAACUGAAUGAAUGAGCAGGGCUUAAGAGUUAUCUAAUGACAUUUCAUCUUAUCAAACUGGGAGAGUAGUUUUCAUAUUCUGACUGUUAUGUUUAAAAGGAGAGGAUGUACUUACUACUGAUAGAAUUAAAAUGUCAUUCUCUAGUCCUUCAUAUUUAUGAUAAAGAAAAUAAAAAGAACCAUGAUGUGUAAUAUAUGAUGAUGUAUGAUAUUUUAAUGAAUGAGAAUAUUGUCUCUCUUAUAGCUUAGGCUCUAUAACAUAGUUUAUAAGCUGAUGUAUUUAUAAUAUGUAUUUUUUAAAUUUAUUUUUUAAUUGAGUCACCGUGAGAACAGUUACAGGGCUUUUAGGAUCGAGUCUCAUACUAUGCUCAAACACCCAUCCCUUCACCAGUGCACAUUUCCACCACCAAAAACCCCAGCAUACUCCCCCCUCCCACUCCCCUUCUGCCUG